AUAACAUAUUAAGGCUGGACUUCCUGUUACCGUUGUCGUAGUUUAACCUAGCAACAUAAUACAGCAUAUCCUCAGUGAAAAUUAAUGUUUGAUGUGGGAUCAAUUCAUGCAUGUCCCAGUUCACCUUUACGACGGAAGUCACUCUACAUUAUACACAGACCCUACACGGCUGAUAUCGUUCGCAAGGUCGCCUUCCAUAAAUAUUCUCAGCUGCAUAGGUAAACGGAAACGCCUUCCCUCCAGGUAGGCUAUCGGGCAACAGAACAGGUAAGGCUAUUCAAUGAGUUCACCCUAAAUCUCCAUUAACCGGGCCUCCUUAUGUGUUGGAAAAAGCGUCCGAGGCGGUCAGUGUUAGCAGUAAUCACGUGCGCCGUAACGUACGUGGGUGUGGUCAAUCUUUUGGCAUUUUAUUCCAUGGUCCGGUCCUACGACAGUCCAGUGUCCUGGGUACAACGUUACGGCCACAUGUACAUCGGGAAGACAGAGACCAACAACUGGAUAUGUAAAGGUCUUCGUUAUUCUACUAUCCCACUCCCUCCCACUGCGCUGGUCAGCUUCCCCGGGUCGGGCAAUACCUGGCUACGUCACGUUAUACAGCAGGCAACAGGUGUGGCAACCGGGAGCGCUUAUACUGACGUAAGUCUGAAAAGGGACGGCUUCCCUGGAGAGGGUCAGACCAACGGAUCAGUAAUAGUUGUAAAGACACACUUCCGGGGCCAGGAGGAGCGAGCUCGGUACGUCCGGGCUAUCCUCCUUAUAAGGGAUCCAUUCAACGCCCUCCUGUCCGAGUUCAACCGUCGACACGGAGGACACAGGGGCCAUGCACCCAACGUAAACUUUGAGAAAAAUUGGUACGACUACAUUCUUGGAACAGCCGGAGAAUGGUACGAUCUUUACCAUGAUUGGUUGACAUUUGAUGGUCCAAUUCACGUGAUCAUGUAUGGGGAUCUGAGAUCCAACCCGUUGGCGGAACUAGACCGAUUGAUGAAAUUUCUCGGGGUAACCCUUACUCACAAGGAGAAAUUCUGCGUAAUGAGCAACUAUGAGGGUAAUUUCAAAAGAAAGGAAAGGCGUGUUUCUGUGUCCGAUAUAUAUACAGAGUAUAUGACUUACAUGAUAAACAAUUACAAACGAAAACUCGCCACAGAGCUCGGCCAUUUUCUCAACAAGUCAACAAUUCGAAUCAGCUGACAUCGUUUAAUAAAAUUGUAUGUAUGCGUGUAGUCCAGUGGAGUGGUACGUGAAGUGCGUGUUAACUGAGCAGUUUUCGUUUUUAACACAGACAACAGUUUGUUAAAUGUCCGGAGAAGAUAUUUUCAUGUAAUUCAUGUUUCUUGUAGAACUUUGCAUCCAGAAUUCGCGAACAGUUUCCGGUACCUAACUGGAAAAUGUUAAAACAACUAACAUUAACACUUCCGUGAUUCGUCCCAGUACCGAAAUAAAACUAGUCAUAUCAAGUAGAGUUACCUCCCAUUGAUAGACAUUUUUAAGAGUUCGAAAGAAUUGCAAGAUAUGCAAUUGGCAUUUUUUACGUUUGAUUUCCUGUGUAUAGACAAGACACUUUAGGACUUCAAAUUUCUCGCACACUUAUUUUGCGACAAAGCCUUUAUAUGCUUUGGAGACUUUUAAAUAAUGAUAAUAUAAAGUCGUCCUUUUGAGUUCGCGUAUUAGAGAAAUGUUGUACGUAUUUAAAAAUAAUUCAAUUCUGGUUAAUAUGAGCUCAACAUUGUUUAUAAAUGUAGUUGACAUUGUAUAUCUAUUUCUUGUAUCAGUAUACAACCAAAUGCACAUUUUUCGUUAUCUCGGGCGUGUUAUCAGAAGUUUGAGCAUAUCUGUUUAAAUGGAUGUUACAACAUUAUUUUUUAAGUGGAGAAACAUGGAGAAAUGAUUCUCUUCCUUCCUAUUUUUAUAAUGUGUUUUGAAGUUGGAGCAAAAAUUAUGUUUUGUCCGAGGACAUUGAGGUCAAUGACAAAUUUAUAUAACUACAACAAUGUGUUGUCAGUGUCUCAUAGUAUUCAGCCAUCGACGUUUAUAACAACGAUCUAUAAUAUGUUAUUAUCUUAGCUGUAUAUGUCGAUUUUGUUAGGAAAUCUAAAAGUACCAUUUCUAGAGUAAAAAGCCUUUAUAUAUGUGUAAGUCGCACUAAGUAAACAGUUGUAUGGAAGCAGUACAAUUUCUCCUGUGCGCAACUAGUUAGUUCGUUCGACAUUUUAACUCAUUAAUACGACUUUCACCUGAAAUAACACGUUGAGCUGUCGUAAUCUACAACAAACAAUGCUGUGCAUUAACAAAACAUUAAAAGUGCAUUUUUAUGUAUAUUCCA